GCAACUUGUUGCAGUAUGACCCAUUUGACGGGAAUGUAAUUUUUACUGUAGAAAGUCAAGAGGGGUACAUCAAAGAUGGAAUAUGAAACGCCUCCAAUCGGUUUGGCCCUCAAGAAGAUCCGUAGUGGAGUCGACAUGCACGUGGCGCGCCCCAUUUCCGGUUUCCAGUUUCCAGUACAGCUACAGUGUUCAGUGAAACAAACCCUCUAAACACUGCCUUCUGAACGGGAACAUGGGAGGACAGGCGAAGGCUAAGAAGAAAAACAAAUCACAGAAGAGAGAGAAGCGCUCCACCGACACCAGACUAUCAGCAGAGGAAAGGAUGAAACUUAGAAUGAAGGAAAAAGCAAAGAAAAAAACAUCGGAAAAAUACAGUAUAGAGCAGCUGCUUGAAAAGACUGAAGAAUGCAUGGAUAACUUCAACUUUGAGAUGGCUCAGAUGUUCUGCCAACGUGCCUUAGACAUCAAUCCCACAAAUCUUAAAAUCCUCGACAUGCUGGGAAACAUCUGUGCCGAACUGGGGGAUGUUGACAAAGCCAAAGGAAUGUUCCUGAAAGCCGUGGAGCUCAGUCCAGAGGAGGGCCACAGUAAGUACAUGUACCUGGGCCAGAUGCACACGGGCACAGAAGCCAUACAGUACUUCAGCAAAGGCAUUGAGGUCAUGCUCCACAAGCUGGAUGAACAGACCCAGACAGCAGCCUUGGUGGGUGCGAUGGCCGCAGCUUCCCCGGACCCUGUGGACCGUGAAUCGGACGUGACGCCGAAGGACGUCUGCGUGGCCUUCUGCUCACUGGCAGAGAUCUUUUUCACCGACCUGUGCAUGCAGGAUGGCGCUGCAGAUCAGUGCAAGGAGGCCAUCGACAAAGCCUUGCAGUAUGACCCAGAGAAUCCUGAGGCCCUGCAGCUGAUGGCCAGUUACCUGUUCAGUGUGGAGAAGGUUCAGGAGGGAAAGGACUACCUGAUGAGGAGUGUGGCAGCGUGGCUUCCCCGACAGCGUCAGGAGGCGUUGGACAAGGAGCAAAGAGGUGUUGAGCUCAAGGAGGAAUACCUGCAGAAUUUGGUACCCCCUUAUGAAUCUAGGAUAACCACAGCGAAGCUCCUGGUUGAAACAGAACAGUAUGAGACCGCCAUUGAGGUCCUCGAGGGACUGCUGGAGGAGGACGACGAGGUCGUACAGGUCUGGUAUCUGCUCGGCUGGGUCUGCUACCUCCAGGUGGACAAGCCUGAGGAGGGCGACGCAUCCAGAGACUCGGCGAGAACCUACCUAAGCAAAGCCAAGAAGCUGCACACGAAGCUGCGCUGCGACGAUGACGCCCUGCUGGAGCACGUCGACCAGCUGCUGGCGGAGCUGGGUCCCGGGGAGGGGCCUGCGGGCUCUGAUGAGGACGAGCCCCCCCUGGAUAACAUCGAGGACGACUUUGUGCAGAGCAGCGAUGAAGAGGACGCCAUGGAGCACUGAGCGAGCUUCUCCUUGUCGAGCGCCUUGUCAUGUCCAUCCGUUUCCUUAAGCCCCUCCCCUCCCCCGAAAUACAUAAAUAAAAACAACAACACACCGGCAGCACGGCAGCCUGUUUUCUUUUAUUGGC